AUGAAGAAGAAGAAGAAGAAGAAGAAGAAGAAGAAGAAGAAGAAGAAGAAGAAGAAGAAGAAGAAGAAGAAGAAGAAGAAGAAGAAGAAGAAGAAGAAGAAGAAGAAGAAGAAGAAGAAGAAGAAGAAGAAGAAGAAGAAGAAGAAGAAGAAGAAGAAGAGCUCACCUAACCAUCCUGCAGCUUACAAAGUCCUAUGUCCUCACAAUCGUAUAGAUCAGGACCAAACAACCAUACCAGGCUUAAGAAGGCCGUACAGGGGCAGCCCGACGGCGAGUUUACUCGGUAAAGAAGAACAAGAGCCGCCAAACCGACCACCCAACACUGGUUCAAUCACCUCCCCCGGAUGGAGUGGUGACUCACAAAGCACGCAGACAAAACGCCCGUCAGCCAUCCCCCGAGAGGCCGAGACAGCGAGAGGGAUGAAAAAUCGAUCAGUAUGAGGCCGAUCAACGUGACACGCCACUUGGGAUUUCUGCUCGAUUAAGUACAUUAUACGCUCUGACAAUGCAGAGCCGACCAAGCUCUUCGAAACGUCAGCGCCUAAAUAAACCUGUUCCGGUGGGCCCAUCUUCUUCAAAAAGACCUCGAAUGCCACGGAUUAACGUUGCAAACGCCCAACAUCUACCAGCAUGUCCGCGCAGCCACCUGACGUGAAUAGCACGCAUCGGACUCGUCGGACAUUUUCGUUCCCAAAACCAUGACAAGUCAUCCAAAUCAACGUUCCAGGCACUAAGCGUCUAGCCCAUCAAUAGCAUCCAGGACACAAACCGACUCGCCUACACUUCCAUCCUUCCCACCACUACUACCACCGGCACCAUCUCCAAUAUUGGUCCGCUUUCAACUGGUUUCUAUUACGUUCGCACCCUUUAAAUUGAAUAUCGGUGUGGUGGUAACUUUUAAAUCCAUCACACAAUGACCGUUGAAUCAGCGCCUGGAGUCCACACAUAAACCCAUUACUGGUUUCCUGCCCAAAGACAUUUAUACAUCCAAUAGACCUGUUCGGCCGUGUGUGCCCCAAAAACAAUUUUCGGAAAAACAACACGUUCCAGGCCCAUCACAACUCUUCGCCCUACCCGCGUGAGAGGUCGACCAUCGAUUUUGAAAAUAUCCACCGUGUGCUCCCCAGCGGGGUGAGAGCAGACACGGUGACUUGCGCGUGAAUCAUUUUAGGUGAUCGCAGACUUGCACAGCAUCUACCGCACUCUCUCUUCCCCAGACCCCACCUGGACCCGGUAUAAAGGCAGAAUCAAGAAGAUUGAAGGAAGGAGAGUGCAUAAUUGGCUAGCACAACGAAAAUCCACACUUAGGCGUACUUCCACAUCCCUGGUAAGGAACGAACGCUGACCAGGACUUAACAUACAAUAAGAGAAAAGAGGAUGGGCGGCUUUGAUCCCACAGAGUGGGGCUGCCAUAGAGGCCUCAUUAGGAAGGAGCCUGGCUCACAGUUCACCACUCCACACAAGCAAACGCAGGCAGCCUUCCAAGUCACAGCUUUUAGCGCCCUUUGACAGCUUCAAGCGCGCCAGAUUGUUUGUAGUGGGGAAAGUGCGCUGAGUCCCCGACCUCAUCCUCCAUUUCCCUUCCCAGGCCCAACCACCCUCCAAGCCCGGUAGACGUCUGGCGCGGGGAAUGGGCGCAGUGGCUGGCAGAGCUAGAGAACCCGCCUGCGCGUGCCACACACACGACCUGGCCCCCAUAUGCACUCGGCAGGGUCAGAUACACUGAGCGGCAUCUCUUCCAGUCGCUGUUGCACGAGGCCGCGCCAUUGGAAGACCGCUUUCUUGGCGUCGGUCCGAUGGUUCAUGUAGGCCUUAUGGAGCCUGUUGUUUUUAGCGAGCAGUUGGCUGAUGUCGGCGUCGUUAUCAUCGAACCAGUCCUGAUGCUGACGACGUGCACGACCGAGGAUGUCCAAAGCAGUCGAGUGGAUAGCAGUCCGUAG